AUGGGUAUCCAGGGUUUGACCAGCUUCAUAGAUCAUUGUGGAACAUUUUUAACAGAUGAUCGCUUCAGAAACAGCAAGGUGGUCAUAGAUGGUAGUAAUAUCUACCACUUUCUUUAUUUUAACUCAAGUGUGGAUCAGCAGCAUGGAGGGGAUUAUGAUGAUUUUGAGGACCAGGUCUGUGAAAGUUUUAAGGCGCUGAGAGAUUGUGGCAUUGAACCUUAUGUGAUUAUAGACGGAGGCUCCGAACACACCGACAAAAAGUUUGAAACUCUCAAAGAACGAGGUAAAUCAAAGAUCGACACAGCCAACCACUUGUCCAAGGGGCAUCGAAGGGGCAGAUUAAUACCAACCCUUGCCAGACAAGUCUUUAAAGAGGUCCUCUCCAGCCUGAAGGUGCCUUUCGCACAGGCCAUUUUUGAGGCAGACCCAGAAAUAGCCUCCUUGGCUCAAAAGUGGAACUGUCCAGUCCUGUCCAAUGACAAUGACUUUUAUAUUUUUGACAUCCAGGCAGGAUAUCUGCCCAUGUCCUGUUUUAAGUGGCAGAACGCGUCGGUGCAACGCUGGAGUUCUCAAAAUUACAUCCCCUGCAAGAGAUACACCACAACAAGCUUCUGCAGUCACUUCAACAUCAACAGACAGCUUCUCCCAGUCUUCGCUGCCAUCGCAGGAAACGACUAUGUCAACUUGAAAAAGAUGGGCUUUUCCAUCAAGUUUGAAGACAACUCGCCGAUGGAACCCAAUCGGAAGCGCAGGGUUGUCUUUUUCAACAAGCUGCUGAAAUGGCUGGCCAGUUUCCAGGAGCAGCAGGAGGCCUUGGACAAUGUGCCCAGACUCAUCGUUUCUAGGAACAACCAGCACAACAUGGAUGCUGCCCUCCAGGCCCUCUCUCUGAGCAUAGAGACAUACCAGCUUCAACCCGGUUGCCUGGAGAGGUUCUUCAAUGAUGGCGAGACUCCUGAUCCCAGCCUUCUCCCAAACCAUCUGAGUGUGCUUCCACACUGGACCCUGCUGCCGUUGAUGAGGGGGAAACUUUCCUCCUACAUGAUACACAUUCUGCUGCUGAGGCCAGUGAUACAGGCUGUCCAAGUGGAAGAUCCCAAAUUACCCAGUGGGAACAUCACCUCUCGGCCCAUACGGCAGGUAUUCUACGGGCUGCUGCUGGGUGAGAGGAAGGAAGUGGAGGAGUAUGACAGGGAAGACACGAACCUGACCAGCAGCAUGGUUAAAGCCAUCUUGCCCAGUGCUGCACAACACCUGCAGCUACACAAGCUGGAUCAGGCUCCACAUUCAGUUCGGCUUGAGGUGUUUUUGGAGACCCUUGGUGUGUCCCAGUCCACUUUGAAUGGUCUCCCAUCUCAUCUGAAACUUCCUGUGGCUGUUACCUGCUACUGGCUGAGGCACGCCCAUCCCCAACCAGACCUUCCUCUCCUGCAGGCCCUGCUACUAGGACUGGUGUACGGAGAGCUCUGCAGACAGAGGAAGAGCCAGAGAGAGGAGGGACCAGUGUUGGAGAGGCUGAGAGGGCUGAUUCAGAGAGGUGCUAGGAGACUAGACCUGGGUGUGGCCCACGCCUAUAGCCAAUGGCAGCGCUGCAUGAGGGAUGGCCUUAACCUGAACCAACUGCUGUGCUUCCCUCUACUGGAGCCUCAGUGUGCCUGGCUGUACAAGGGAACUCUGGUGCACCAGCUUGUGGGCCAACUGAGAGGGGGGGUGACCCCGGAUUCUCUCCUGAUGGAAGACUCUUCCUCUGAGCAGCUUUACAAAGACAUGCUGGAAGCCAUACUCAACUCCCAGGAAACUGAGACCUCUGGACAACCUGACGGACCCUCUGCAGAUUUUGAUGAUGAUGAUGAUGAUGAUGAUGAUGAUGAUGAUGGAGUGUGCCCCAAAAAGGUGGGUGUGGGCAAGCUGCAAGACUGUCCUAACAUACUGGGUGGUUUGAGUAACAAGUGUUUCGUCUCCACAUUGUCCUUUACUAACUGA